AUGUGCAGGGGCAUCACAAUAUCAAGGUGUGACGGUGAGAGAAAUGGCGAUAAACCCCCGAAUUUUCCGACCGUCGGGAAAUCCAAUUCCAGCUUCGAGCUGAUGGCAAUGAUGAAUGACAAACGAAAGCUGCGCCAGGAAGAGAUGGAGCUGCGCCAGGAGAACCUCAAACUCAAAGAGGAGAUCCUGCAGCUGAAGCGGCAAGUGGGCGUAGGCGCCUCCUCUGCUGCCCGCCCCACGCCCGCCAACCGAUACGCCCCGCCUGCUCAGCCUGAGCAGGCCUUGCCCGUGGCGUACAUCGCGCUGGCCGUGGUGCUCAGCCUGCUGAGCGUCCUGCUAGGCAAGUUCGCGCUCUGA